AUGUCAGAUAUUGCCGCUCAAUACAAGAAGUCUUCAGAUAUCAAGUUGCUAUCCAAGACUGAAACGAUGCAUAUGGUUUAUGACGAGCUUCGGUCGAACAGACCGAAACCGCUCGACAGUUGUGAUUUCCGUAAAUUUCCGCUGCACAAUAGAUUUAUACCGUUGCCGAAUAUGAUGGAUUUGCGUGCAAAUUGUGCGGCCGAAGCACCUACAGAGGUCGGUUGGUUAUCCUCCAUGCCCGACUUGAUGAUACCGGCUGUCGACGAUCACCCGGUCGAACAUGCUGAAACCGUCGGAAAGCAGCGAUGUCCUUACGAUGUCCUUAGUUUCCCGGCGAACGAGAGAUCUGCAGCUGUGUCUCUACCCAAUGUGGCCGUGCGUGAAAACUCUUCGGGCGAUGCUCCCGAAACUGAAUUGUCGUUCGGUACGUCCGCGGAAUUGCCCGUUUCGACGGAUUCGCCAUCACGUGCCGAAUCGUCUGCUUUAGCAUUGAUGCCACCUGCCACUGCAGAAGAUGACUGCUGGAUCAAAACGCCGUCGUCCGUCUCGUCGCCGCUGCCACCGGUUGAAGCCGGAGUAACGGAUACGGUAACCAGCAGCGGCCGCGGGUGACGUGGAGACGGACCCGGCGGUAACA